AUGACGGUCGAAGUCGAGGCUUCGGACGCGGCGAUGGCGUCGCCCACGAGCUCCAGCGGCACGGGCGUCGAGUCUCUGCGUCUAUCGGAGAUCGAGAGCGCGCACUUGUGUCCAGCUGGACGCAUGAAGAUGGAGGAGCUCUUCCGUCAGUGGCUCAAUGUGGACGGCACGAAAGAGAUGAUCCAGAACAUGGUGGCGGACCUGCGACAGGGCAAAGAGCUGAAUCUGGAGACGCUAUUAGCGACGGUCACGUCGACGGGAAGUGGUGGACUCGACUCGCCCUUGUGCAGCCCGAAACGACCGCCUAAUUACCAGCAGCUGGGACUGCUGAAUCCAGGAGCUAGUGGCAGUCCCAGUGCUCGUAGACGCCACCAACAUCUUGUCAGUCUGUUUGGGGACGAGCUCCAUAAUGUUGCUGCAGUGAUGGCAGCUACAGCAGCAGAGACAGAUGCAGGUACUAAGGAUGACAAAAACACAGCAGCUGCGGUGACGCUGCCAUUGCAAUCUGAUGAUGUCGACAUGACUGCAGACGAAGAGGACUUGUCUAGUGGAAAUGGUGAUGGAGAAAGUGUGGAGGAGACGCCAGUAGAGAACCAGGAGGAUUCUGAUGAAGCUACGGCUGUGGCACCUUUGGUGGAUGUGGACGAAAAGAUGGAGGAUGAACAGGAGCCACCGGCGAUGGAUACAGCUGCAAACAAUGAAGAGCUUGCAGUAAGUGAACCCGAUCAUCCGGUGGCUGAAGAGGUGUUGAAGCAGGUCCAGAUUCCUAGGUUCUAUACGCCAGGUGAAGGUCGACGCGGUCGACUGCGUGGUUUGUCUACUGAUGCGAUGGCACGCAAGAUAUCGGACAUUGAAGCACGGUUUUGUGAGUUUCCAGAAGGCAUGAAAGUGGAGGAUUUCGUGGCUAUCACGAAAGAUCUUUGUGGCUUCCCUUCGUUUUUCAAUGCGCCGUUUUUUCGACGUAUUCUAGCCACUAGUAGUGGCGAUGCAGGAGAGACGACGCUGAAGUCUCCUUCUAGUCCUGCUGCAGCAGAAGAUGCAUCGAGCCCCACGAGCGCGGAUAGCAGUGCAGCACUUCAGCGUAUUACAAAAUCCGUGUUUUUAAAUUACUGGAUGCGCGAGAUGGCUCCAUGUGAUAGUGUGGAGCGCUUUUUUAGAGUAGUAAAGCAACCGAAGAACGACUUCAUAGAGAGAGACGACUUCGCGCCUUUCUUGCAUGAACUGCUGAAGUACCAUCCUGGUUUAGAGUUUCUUGGGAGCACUCCCGAAUUUCAGGAGAAAUACGCCUUGACCGUCGUCGUACGGAUAUAUUACUCAGUCGAUAGAGACAGCAGCGGCCGAAUUACGAUGCGAAAGCUUCGGCGCAGCAAUCUUAUCAGUGCGUUUAACACUGUGGAUGAAGAAGAAGACAUCAAUAAGGUGAAUUCGUAUUUUUCGUACGAGCACUUCUACGUUUUGUAUUGCAAAUUUUGGGAGUUGGAUACGGACCACGAUUUCCUCCUGAGCUUAGACGACCUCGUACGGUAUGGGGGCCACGCCCUUACACGUAUCAUCGUGGACCGGAUCUUUGAACGCGGCCGGCGUCCUUUUGCUCGCGUCCAGACGCUGACUGCUGAAGAAAAGAAAAAGAUGAGCUACGAGGACUUCAUUUACUUCAUGCUCUCGGAGGAAGAUAAGUCGAACCCAGUCAGUCUUAGGUACUGGUUUGAGCUCAUCGACACAAACGAAGACGGCGUGCUGCGUGCCGACGAGAUGCGUGUCUUCUAUCGUCACCAGAUACACCGCAUGGAAUGCCUUGGUCAUGAAGUGGUGCCGUUUGAGGACAUUCUUUGUCAGAUGUCGGACUUGUUGCAUCCUGGACAAGAGGGCGAGUUCUACCACGCAGAUUUUGUCCGUCCAGACAAGAUCCGCGUAUCGGGUGUGUUUUUCAACGUGCUGUUCAACCUGAGCAAGUUCAUUGAGUUUGAGCAGCGAGACCCGUUUUUGCUACGUCAGCAGAUUGCUGAACCAGAGCUUACGGACUGGGACCGCUAUGCUCGUGCUGAGUAUGCUCGAUUGGCCAUGGAGGAAGAGAGUCGCGAUGAAGACACUGCAAUGGAUAUCGACACGAUGGACGGUUGGUAUGUGUCCGACGAACAGGAGGAAGAGGCUUUGGAGGGCCGCAGUGCCGGCACGGACGGUGUUGCAGGUAGCAGUGAAGGCCGGACUGUCGAAGCUCCUUUUUGA